AAGGAAUUUUUUUUUUUACAUUGUCCCUCUCUUUCUUUCUCAGCCUUCUAGGCUUGAAUGUAAGGCAGAGACGUCUCUGCCUCAGGCCUAUUAGAAUGGCAUUUCAAGAUUUUGACCAUAUAUCUGAAAUCAGAAGGAUUGACAGACAACGCAAACUUAGAAAGAGAGUUGCCAUCGCCCUUGUUGCCUUUAUCUUACUUGUUUUAAUUGCUGUUGGGAUAUUUGCUGUUGUCAGUUCUGAAGAAAAAGAAAAAGAAAAAGAAAAAGAGGCUCGCUCAUCAGGAGAUUCAUCCCCUAAAAGUGUUGCGAGGGUUCAAAAAUUGAUUAAAACUAUAUGCAAUGGUACCAAUUACCAGGCCUCUUGCAGUCGCACCCUCUCUGAUGCAGCAAAGAAGAAUAGUUCCUUGAAUCAACCCCAUCAAUUCAUCAAAGUUGCUGUAACAGCCAUUGAUGAUGAGAUUGACAACGCCUUCAACAAAGCCAAAGGGUUCAAUUUGAAAACCCCAGAAGAGAAAGCCGCGUUGAAAGUUUGUAAGAAAGUAAUUGACGAUGCUAAAAAGGACUUGAAGAAAGUUAUUUCCCAAGUUGACACCAAAAAUCUGCUAGACCAGCUCCAUGAAAAAUCUCCUGAGUUGAAUAACUGGCUAAGCGCAGUUAUGUCUUAUCAACAGACAUGUGUUGACGCUUUUCCUGAAGGGGAUUCAAGUGCUCAGAUGGAGAAGAACAUGAAUAUGACCAAGCAACACACCAGCAAUUCCCUUGCUAUCAUUAAAAACUUCUCGUGUUACCUUUCAUCAUUGAAACAAACAAUAGGAACAUCUCGCCGCCUUCUUGAAUCCAUCCCUCAUUCAUUAGACAGCGAUGGACUCCCUUCUUGGAUGAGCCAUGAAGAUAGGAGAGCAUUGAAGGGGAAUAAAAAGGAUGAUAAGGAUAAUAUUAAAGCAGAUGCCACCGUCGCCAAAGAUGGAAGCGGCAACUUUAGAUCAAUUAAUGCUGCAUUGGCAGCAAUGCCAAAACAACGCAAGGACCGGUAUGUCAUCUAUGUUAAAGAUGGAAUUUAUGAGGAAACUGUGACCAUCACCCAGGAAAUGACAAAAGUUACCCUCGUUGGAGUUGGAUCUCAGAAAGCCAUCGUCAGUGGAAAGAAAAAUGUUGCUGACCGAGUUAAUAUGUAUGAUACUGCAACUUUAGUGGUUAUAGGAGAAGAGUUCAUGGCUAAAUCAAUGGGUUUCAGAAACAAUGCUGGUCCGGAUAAGCGUCGGGCGGUGGCUGCUCGAGUGCAAGCUGACCAUUCAGUUUUCGUCAACUGCCGUUUUGAGGGGUACCAAAACACACUGUGGGUACAGGCUCACCGCCAGUUCUACUUCAAUAAUGUAAUUCUGGGCACCAUUGACAUCAUCUUCGGUGACGCCAUGGCAAUCUUCCAAAACACCCUGAUUCAAGUUAGAAAGCCUCCUGACGGCAAACAAAAUUCAAUUCUAGCACAGGCAAGGGUAGACAAAUUUGAAACCACAGGAUUUGUACUACAAAACUGUCGAAUCGAGCCUCACGAUUCGCUUAAAUCUGUAAAAAACAAAGUCAAAAGUUACCUUGGCAGGCCCUGGAAGGAGUACUCGAGAAGUGUUGUAAUGGAAUCAACAAUCAAUGAUUUGAUAGACCCUAAAGGGUGGGUGGCUUACAAGGGAGAUUUCGGAAUCAAGACAGUGUAUUUUGCGGAGUACAAUAACAAAGGAUCAAGGGCGAAUACAGAUUCCAGGGUGAAGUGGCCGGGUUUCAAGGUGAUUCAGAAGAAGGAGGCAGUUAAUUACACAGUAGGAAGUUUCUUCCCGGGAGAUUGGAUCACCAAGAUGGGUGCUCCUGUUCACCUAGGCUUGUAUUAAUAAUUAAUUUCUUGAUUUUUAAAGAUUAUCACUAGUUUUAUUUAAGAACUAAGACUGAGUAUUAUGAGGGUUAUGUUCUUGAGUCUGUUUCAUUUCCA